CAAGCUAAUGGCUAAGCUUACCAUGCCCUUUCAUCAAGUUCUUCUAUUGCUUUUCUUUAUCUUUUCAUGCCUGUUCUUCGUUACCAUUCAAAGCAGACAUCAUUAUGGCCACUCAGAACAGGAGCAAUUCCACAUUGUGUCUCAUGUUUCUCAUCCUCCUUCACUUGCACCAGAACCUGCCGUUGCUGGUCCAAGUUAUAGUGUCUUCAAUGUACUUGAUUUUGGUGCUGUUGGGGAUGGAGUCACUGAUGAUACUCAAGCAUUUAAGUUGGCUUGGGACAUGGCAUGCCAAAUUAAAUCAGCUGUUCUUCUAGUUCCUGAUGGCUAUUCCUUUAUGUUACAAUCUACAAUCUUUUCAGGACCUUGUAAGACUGUUGGCCUUGUGUUUCGGAUUGAUGGAACUAUAAUGCCACCUGAUGGACCUGAUUCUUGGCCAAGAAAUAUCAGCAAACGACAAUGGCUAGUCUUCUAUAGAAUCAACGGGAUGUCAAUGCAAGGUGCUGGCCUUGUAGAUGGCAAGGGAGAGAAUUGGUGGAAUCUUCCCUGCAAGCCUCACAAAGGAGUUAAUGGGACAACAAUGCCUGGCCCCUGUGAUAGCCCUGUAGUAAGUACAACUGAGACUUACACUUUAAGUGGCCCUUCCUUUUUCGAAAAGCAAAUUCUUUCUGGUUUUUUGAACAUUUAUCACUGGGUUUUCUUAAUGCAGGCUAUAAGGUUUUUCAUGAGCUCUAAAUUGACAAUUAAAGGACUUAAAAUCAAGAACAGUCCACAGUUCCAUUUCCGGUUUGAUGCCUGCCAUGGCGUUCGUGUAGAAUCACUAACCAUCAAAGCACCAGCCCAAAGUCCCAACACAGAUGGAAUUCACAUUGAGAACACAAAUAAUGUGCAGAUUUAUAAUUCCAUCAUAUCCAACGGUGAUGAUUGUAUAUCAAUUGGAGCUGGUUGCUAUGAUGUUGAUAUAAACAACAUAACUUGUGGUCCAAGUCAUGGAAUAAGCAUUGGUAGUCUCGGCAUCAAUAAAUCACGUGCCUGCGUUUCGAACAUCAGCGUUUCGGAUUCGGUCAUACAACAUUCCAAUAACGGCAUUCGAAUUAAAACCUGGCAAGGUGGCUCGGGUUGCGUGUCAAAAGUUGAAUUCAGUAACAUCCAUAUGGAAGCUGUUCGGAAUCCGAUUAUCAUAGAUCAAUACUACUGCCUCACCAAAAACUGCAGCAACCAAACGAGUGCAGUUGUGAUUAAUGACAUUUCCUACAGUAAUAUUAAGGGUUCAUUUGAUGUUAGAAGUCCACCAAUGAGUUUUGCUUGUAGUGACUCAAUUCCAUGCACAAACCUUAAACUGACACAAGUAGAGCUGCUACCUGCUGCCAAAGGUCGCACUGUGGCAAAUCCCUUUUGCUGGAAUGCUUAUGGAACUGUCCUCAAACAAACUAUUCCACCAGUUUAUUGCUUGAUGGAGGAAACUAAUGCCACAAUUGAUAACACACUAUUAUGUGGAUAGUUGUUGAAUCACAUGGUCAUGUAAAAUAUAUAAGAUUAAUCAACUGUAUAAGUACCCAAGGAAUAGAUCAAGAAAGAAGAAAAUGAUGGAUUCUCAAGUUGUAUGAAAUUCAAUCCAGUGCUAGGAAGAAAACCUUAUCUUAUUAUGGCAUUUCAUACCAGAAAUUCCUUUCUUUCUUGAUUAGUAAAAAAUCUGAACCAGAGAUGCCAUACAGCUAAGUGGCUCUCGGCUCUCAGUUCAUACGGCAAGAUGUUGACACCAGAGGUAAUUCAAUGAUGUAAAUUUGCAGAA